CAGUCGUGAUGACAGAGCAGGCUUCGUGGUGUUAGUUAGGUGAUGCCCGCCCCCACGUGACAUGAUGACAUGAUGUCCCAGGGAGCGGGCCUGCGGACGCUGCUGGCCCCGCCGCCUCCCGCACGCCACGCCCCGGACAGGCCACCUCUCAGGCGGCGGCCGCGGCCACCCUCGCGUCUCUUCCUUCUGGUGCUUCUGCUGGGGCUGCCGUGGCUGUGCUGGAGCGCCGCCGCGGCAGCCAGCCCGAAGUCUCUCAGGUUCCUGAGGGACUGGUACAAUGUUAGCAUCUACGAGAACUCGCUGCCCAGGACGCACGUGUCCGGGAAGGAGCUCAUGGGCGUGUCCCUCGAGAACCUGCCGCCCACCACCCACGUCACGUACACUAUAGCUGAAGGGGACACGCACGGCUUCUUCACGGCCGAGUCGGAGGUGGUUGGCGGCGUCGUGGUGCUGCACGUGAGGACAAAAACAGGGUUACGGGACGUGCUGAACCGUGAGCGGCGGGAGCGGUACAACUUAGUGGUGGAGGCGCAGGCCCGCAGUGCCGUCCGCCGCGGUGCGCCCCUCAAGGCCAGGGCCAACGUGACGGUGCGGGUGCUAGAUACGAACGAUAACAUACCGUUGUCUUUUCCCACGUCGUACCAGGUGGGUGUGGGCGAGGACGCGGCGCUCCACACGCCGCUCCUCUCCGUGACGGCCCACGACGCCGACGACGGCAUCAACGGCCAGGUCUACUACCUGCUGCAGGACCACACGUCAAACCUGUUCGCCGUUCACCCGACCAAGGGCGUCCUGAGCAUAACACGCCCACUCUCCCACACCUAUGGGCGGCCACACAGGAUAACAGUCCUCGCCCAGGACCGCGGGCCGCAGCCACAUAACACGCGGGCCUCCGCCGCGGCGCGAGCCACAGUGGAGGUCCAGGUGUACCAAGUCAACAUCCACGCGCCAAGAAUCUCGGUGCAGCAUCUGCCCCACGUGGUCGAGCACGCCCACACCCACAUAUACGCCAUCAUCAAGGUGGACGACGAGGACGAGGGCGAGAGUGGCCGCGUGGACCAGGUAGUCAUCGUGGCCGGGGACCCCGACAGGCUCUUCAGCGUCACACAGGUCCACGACAAGGAGUACAAUCUCGCGGUGCUCAAGCUGCUGGACCGCGAGCUGGCGCCAGAAGGCUACAACCUAACCAUCCAGGCCGUCGACUGUGGGACUCCCUCGCGCAGGACGAGAGUCAGCGUCCAAGUCAACAUUGCCGACGUCAACGACCACGCACCCGUGUUUGCGCGGGAGCAGUACGAGGAGGCGGUGAGCGAGGAGGCGCCACCCCAAACCCCCGUCGUGCGGGUGGCCGCCUCGGACACGGACCAGGGCAUCAACGGCAGAGUGCUAUUCAGGAUCGUGGCAGGGAAUGAUGACGAAAAAUUCUCUAUAAACCCUCGCGCAGGCCUAAUUUCAACGGCUGACUGGCUGGACCAUGAGCUGACGGCCUACUACAGCCUGACGGUGGCGGCGGUGGACCAGGCCAGCAACGCCCACAGGAAACAGUCCUCGGCCAAGGUUAUAAUUCGAAUUCUUGACGCCAACGACAACGCGCCUCAGUUCAACACGCCCAACACGGAGGUGACGCUGGACGAGAAUGAGCCGACGGGGUCUUACGUCACACGCAUGGUCGCCACAGAUGCAGACUCGGGAGAGAACCGCUUCCUGUCGUACAGUAUUGCCAAUCUGGACCAAGUUCCCUUCGUGAUUGACCCUUUCGACGGGACAGUGCGAACCUCCGCCGUGCUGGACUUUGAGGCCCAGCGAAGAAUCUACACCAUCAAAGUUCGUGCGUCGGACUGGGGCACGCCUUUCAAGAGGGAGACGGAGACAACAGUGAAGGUAAAGGUUCGUGACGUGAAUGACAACCGGCCGCAGUUCGUCGGCGUGGACUGCAGAGGUUGGGUUUCCGUGGACGCCCCAGUCGGCACCAGUGUCCUUGCUCUCUCGGCUGUGGACCUUGACAACGGAAGCAUCAUCAGCUACAGGCUACACAAUGACAUGGACGAAGAGUGCUGGUCCGUUGAGAGUUCGUCGGGUGUGCUGGCUCUCACGUGUGACCUCAGGAAAGUUGUGAUGCCCGGUGACCCACAUAAGACGUAUGUUCUCAAUGUGACGGCCACGGACGGUACCCACGUGUCUGACCCGACGAGUGUGACGGUCGCGGUGAUCACCAAACGCAAAGAUGGCCAGGCCGCCCUCAAGCAACACUCCCACGUCGAGUGUCACGAAACGGAUAUAGGAUCGAAGGCUGAGGAAGUGGAAGCGGCCGCGGCGGAGAACAACGCCGCCGAGGAACACUACGCCCUGUUGCCGCUGCGCUACGGCUUCAACUCCCACCCACCAGAGCUCCCAGAAAAGUUUCCCAGCAUCGUCAAGGUCCGCGAGGAUGCGAGUAUCGGCACCGAGCUGCUGACUGUGGCGGCGAAGGACCAUGACCGGGGCCACAACGGCCGUGUGGUGUACGCCGGCUCCAGCGGUGACACGGACUCGGUGUUCAAGAUAGGCUUUGAAACAGGGGUCUUGAAGGUGGUGGCUGAGCUUGAUCGCGAGAGGACGCCAGAGUAUUUCCUUAACAUUACUGUGUAUGACCUCGGCGUCCCGCACAGGAGUGUGUCAAGGAAUCUCACAGUCAAAGUGGUCGACGUGAAUGAUAACGCUCCUGAGUUUAAUCGUGUGAGCUACAGCCUCCACCUCCCCGAGAACACGCGGAACGGCACCAGCGUGGCUCAGAUCACUGCCCAGGACGCGGACGAGGGUCUGAACGCCCAGAUAACGUACGAGUUGGUGUCGGAUGUGGACGAGUUCACGGUUGACAGAACGACUGGCAUUGUGUACAUACUGGGCGGCCUGGACCGUGAGCGGCGGAGUGAGUAUGACCUGCGGGUGAGGGCGUGGGACGGCGCGCCCGAACACCCGCAGUCUGCUCUGUCCCGGCUCAUGGUGACGGUCCUGGACAUCAACGACUGUCCGCCAGACUUCGGUGCCGCCCGCAGCCUCAGGGUUGACAUCCCGGAGGACCUGCCGCUGGGCGCGGUGGUGGCGUCCCUGCAGGCCACCGACCCGGACCUAGGCAUGGGCGGCCAGCUGACCUACAGCCUCGUCAGCGGCCACGAGUAUGUUUUUCGCAUCGACGAGAAAACCGGCGUCGUGCGCCUCGCCCAGCCGCUGGACUUUGAGGCGCGGCAGUCCUACAACGUGACGGUCCGGGCCCAGGACGGCGGCAAUCCCGCCCUGAGCGCUGACGCCAGCCUCUUCGUCCAAGUCCACGACGUGGAUGAAAACUUGGGUCCCCCGAUGUUCCCCCAGCGCGUGCUGCGGGCCUGGGUCAAGGAGAACCUGCCCCCCGGCGCUGAGGUCAUCACGUUGGAGGCCCGGGACCACGACAUUGACCAGCUGCUGUACGCCAUCACCGGCGGGGACGGCCAGGGGUACUUCUCCGUCGACACGCAAGGUGAGUACCCAUUUCAUGACUUGUGGUAGCUGUCAGAAACAUUCCAACCUUUGUGGCUCACCGACAAGCCUGUGCUAUUUGCAGAGUUGCAAUUCAUGCGGUGAAAAUAACUCCAUUAUGGGUUUUAUAUGAAUGAUGAGUGAAUGCUUAGAUAAAGAUAAGAGUGUAUGUAAUAAGUGAAUGGGGCACGUUAAGAAGCCUGUAGUCACGCUGCCGCCUCCCCGGCGUGCCCGCGCGGCCCCAUGAUGGACCUUUCAUGCGGGCCGGGGCCAAAUCUUCCAGGCUCCGCGGCCCCUAAGGUUGAAAUCCUCGAACUGAACCAAAACUCUUUACAUACAUCUUGCGUAUUUAUUUUGCGGAAGUUAAUAUCUUCCUCGGAUAAAAUGGAGACUUUUGGCUUCGCUUUGGCUUUGCGUCGCUUUCCCCCAAAAGAAUGAAAGAAUCGUUCUCGUAAAAGGAAGAAAUUCAAUUACUAGCCUUAAUGGAACGGUGUUUAGAGCCUCAGAGAAACCACGCGACGUACUUGGAGAGACGUAACAUGUAAAAUCAAGAAAGAGGUAGAUAACCCAGAUACAUACACAUAGAUAAAUAGAUAAGUCGAUAGAUAGAGAAGGGGGGCAGCCAACAGUGAAGGGGAUGGAGCGGCGUCGGGAGGGGAGGGCCGCAGCGAGGGAGGUGCAGCCGCUGUAUCUGUCUGGCA